AUGGAAUUUGAUAAGAAAAAAGAGGACAGCGUCAUCAAGAAUUUGUCACCUCCAAGCAAAAAGUGUAACAAAAAGUUAGAUCUAAUGAACAAAGGAAAAGAAGUUGAUGAAAGUGACGAUUCAAUUAGGAAAUUAGAUCAAGAAUUUAUAGUGUUUAGCUUUAGACAAGAUGGAUCAUUUGAUGUUGCCAUAGAAUCCAAUAGUCCCAAGUCUGAGUCUUUUACAAGUGUUGAUGCAGAUCAUGUAAAUUCAAAGCCCGCAAUUCGAAAGCUUGAUUAUGGUGAGGGUGCAGAACAAGUUAGGAACCAACACAAAGAAAAGAAUACAUCAAAUGCAAAACAUCAUGACACUCAUCAACAUGAUCAUGUUUGCAUUGAUACUUUAAAAGAGGGUGUAGCAAAAGAGAGCUAUAAUUUGAGUCCAACUCAAGAAAGAAAGAAUAACAUAAGAUCAUGUCAAAGAGAGGAGAUUGAAGAUAGUCGGUUGGUGACUAAUGAUUCAAGAAACUCUAAUCAAUCUGAAGGCAGUAGAGGUUCUUUUGCAUUUCCUAAGUUAGCAUGGGAUUUGGUUGAGAGCCCUGUCAAAAUGCCAAAAUCAGAGAAUUUGAAUCAAAAGAAGCCGAAAAUUCGAUGUGUGGGGUUUCAAUGUUUUAGAUUCAGAUGA